AUGUGCACUGACAUUGAAAUCAUACUUAACUCUGCAGGAACCACAAAUUUUGAUGAAAGAUAUGAUAUUGCACUGAGUGUCAAUACAUUUGGAGUUCAACACGUACUGAGCUUUGCAAAGAAAUGUCUAAAGCUAGAGAUGCUACUCCACGUGUCAACUGCUUAUGUAUGUGGUGAAAGGGAAGGACUUAUACUAGAGGACUCAUCUUGCAUGGAUGAGAUGGAAAAGGAGAUCACUAAAUUUGAUUUCAAAGUGCAAGAGAAGAAUUUGGUGGAAGAGAAACUGAAUGAACUAAAAGCACAAAAUGCGACAGAAGAAGUUAUUACAACUACGAUGAAGGAUUUUGGCAUUGAAAGGGCUAAAUUGUAUGGAUGGCCAAACACCUACGUUUUCACAAAAGCGAUAGGAGAAAUACUUCUAAGACACUCAAAAGAAAAUCUAUCCGUCGUCAUCAUACGUCCGACUGUAGUCACCAGUACUUACAAAGAGCCAUUUCCAGGUUGGGUCCAAGGAUUCAGAACCAUUGAUAGCGUAAUUGCUGGUUAUUGUAAAGGGAAGCUGACAUGUUUGCUUGUGGAUCCUAUGUCAGUAUUUGAUAUGGUUCCUGUUGAUAUGGUGGUAAAUUCAAUAACUGUAGCAAUGGUGGCAAAUGCAAAUAAAUCGUCUAGUAUCAUUUACCAUGUGGGAAGCUCUUUGAGAAAUCCUAUCAAUUUCCUUAAUAUUCACAGUUUUGUCUUCCGAUACUUCACAAAAAAUCCAUGGAUUGACAAGGAUGGAAAGCCUGUCAAGGUUGGCAAGGGUAAAAUAUUCAAGACUAUGGCUACUUUUCGCAUGUAUAUGCAAAUUCGCUUCAUGCUACCUUUGGAGGGUUUAAAGUUCGUAAACAAAGCAUUUGGCGAAUAUUUCCAAGACCUGUAUGUCAACUAUAAUCAGAAACUCAAAUUGGUGAUGCGCUUGGUAGAGCUAUACGAGCCCUAUAUGCUAUUUAAGGGCAUCUUUGAUGACAACAAUGCCGAGGAUCUGCGAAGGAUAGCAAGGGAGAGUUUCGUGGAAUCGGAAACUUUCAAUUUUGAUCCAAAAUGCAUUGAUUGGGAAGACUACUUUAUGCACACACACAUACCUGGCCUUCAAAAACAUGUUAUGUUGAAACGAUAA